GAAGCGGAGAUCGAGGUAUUACACCCAAGGGGCCAGCGGAGCCUCCACCAAUGGCAGCAGUGUUAUUAAAGAGAAAUACUAUUAUGCUAAUAGAUGUUUUGCUCUAACUUGGUGAGGGCUUUAAAAGCGAGGCAGCCCCAGGCUCACCAGCAGACUGCAGAGGUUCCGAGGCUGGGUGCGUUGCCUGCACGUAGAGCGGGGACGGGUGGAAAUCACAGCCCUUUUCUCCCCAGGAGCACCGCGUUUGGGUCCCUGCCUUGCCUGGGCAAAGCAGCAGCGGGACCAUCAUGUCCAACGUGCACCUCUCCAGCGCCUCGGCUCUGGAGCGCUUGGCCGCCCGCAGGACUUUCCCCUUGCACGCCCGCACGGGGGUCUGCCGGAACCUCUUUGGCCCGGUGGAUCACGAAGAGCUGAGCCGGGAGCUGAAGAGCAAACUACGGGAGAUCAGCGAGGAUGACCAGAGGCGGUGGGACUACAACUUCCAGACCGACACCCCGCUGGACGGCCCGGGCAGGCUGCAGUGGGAAGAGGUGGAGGGAGGCUCGGUGCCCGCUUUCUAUCGAGAGACACUGCAGGUCGGGAGGUGCCGCUUCCCGGUGCUGCUGGUCAGGUCCAAGCCACCUCUGGGGGACCUGGAUACUCCUCCGGGGGUUAACCCCAGGGACUCUCACCAGGAGCCGGGGGUGUCUGCGUCCUCCUCCCUCAGCCCCCAGGGUAAGACGGCCGCCUUGGAAAGCACUAUCGCGGGGGGCAAGGAGCGGCUCAACCAGGAGAACCGAUCCGAUCAGCUCAACAACCACUCAGGGAUUACAAUCAAACCCCUACCCUGCGCGCCAGCGGCGCUCAAAAGGGUCUCGCCCUCCAGCGCAGCCUACAUCACAGAUUUCUUUGUCAAGCGGAAAAGGCUGGGGGACGCCAAAGCGGCCUGCGACCAUCCCGGCGGGUGUCCCGCCUCUGCGCCCGCCGAGCAGACUCCCCGGAAGCGGCUGCGGUGAACCAGAUUUUGCACUAUGACACCUAAGGGAGAUUUUGCUUCGUCUCUGGAGGCGCGGAGCCUAGCGGCUGUUCUGCCCACACUUCGGCAAGGGGCAACUCUCACGCGAUCUGGACCAAGGAGGAUUAAGAUCUGCGUUCCCUACACCCUCUCCCCCACAAGGAACUGCAUGCAGUGAGAGUGGCUCUGACUACAGCCACGGACGGAGCAGUGUUAAUUUACAACUGUGCAAUGUAUUGCGUUUUAUAUAUAAAUGUAUUAUGCCUAAUGUGAGUACACUGGCCAGAAGUGUAAAGCUUUAAAGUCAUUUAUAUAAAAUGUUUAAUCUUUGCUGAUCUCAGUGCAAAAAAUGUAUAUUUGUACAAAUUUUUUAAAGAGUUAUACUAACUUAUCUUUUCUAUUUAUGUCAAAUGUGGAUAAUGUUGGUUGAUACCCAAUAGUCUUGUUUUUUUUCUUUUGGUUAAGCCAAAGGGCACUAUAUUUGCUUUUUAUUUACAAAAUGUGUAAAUUUAUUUUUAUAGGGUUUUUUUUUGCAUUCACAAAAUGUAGCUAUAAAUCAAUUUUUAGUUUUUACUUGAAGACAAAUCUGUUUCAAUGGUUCCUGAGCCGGUCUGUACCACUGCCAUUGCAAAUAAUGCCACAGUUCAAAUAAAAAAAGGAGUCCAAAA